UCUUGAUGCAAUUCACAGACUGGCGGUAUAUUCGCGAUACGGUGCCUUGACAUUUUAACUGCACGAAACGAUUAUUCUUGGCAGGUUGUUUUGUUUUUAGUCGAUGGUGGUUAUUUAACUAAUACGACGACUGCCGUUUGAAGACCGAGGUAACUCCCGAUAAAAAGUGACAGAAUAAACUGGAUGCGGACCUGAGCUCUCGUUGGGCAAGUGUUUGUGGAGGAACUUGAAUAGAGCGGAUACUUCCUGUGUUGCUGCUGCUGCUGCAGCUACUGACCUAGAGAUGCGCGAAGGGGGUGAGAAAUGGAGUUUCACUGAAGACUAAAGUAACGGACAGACUUCAACCCAAAAAGGAUACAGUGAACAUAUUUGGUUGAAGGUACAUCAAGUUGCAAAACAGAUUAUUUUCAAGGUGACUGGCUUGAAAUGAAGCUGUUGAAACCAAGUUGGGUCAGUCACAAUGGAAAACCAAUAUUUUCAGUCGAUAUCCAUCCUGAUGGAACCAAGUUUGCUACUGGUGGCCAAGGGGAGGACUCUGGGAAGGUGGUCAUAUGGAACAUGUCGCCAGUACUACGGGAGGAGGACGAGAAGAGUGAAAACAUUCCCAAGAUGCUCUGCCAAAUGGACAAUCAUCUAGCAUGUGUGAAUUGCGUCCGAUGGUCCAACAAUGGCCUGUACCUUGCCUCAGGUGGAGAUGACAAACUGGUUAUGGUGUGGAAGCGAGCAGCGUUCAUUGGUCCCAGCACAGUCUUUGGAUCUAGCAGUAAGCUUGCCAAUGUGGAGCAGUGGCGAUGUGUGACCAUUCUGAGAAAUCACACUGGAGAUGUAAUGGAUGUGGCCUGGUCACCUCAUGAUGUGAUGUUGGCCUCCUGCAGUGUGGAUAACACCAUUGUGAUCUGGAACGCACGUAAAUUUCCAGAGAUUAUAACCGCCCUGAAGGGCCACACUGGUCUGGUGAAGGGGCUGACGUGGGACCCUGUUGGGAAGUACAUCGCCUCCCAGGCAGACGACCGCAGCCUGAAGGUGUGGAGGACCAUGGACUGGCAGCUGGAAACUAAUAUCACUAAGCCCUUCAAUGAGUGUGGUGGGACCACUCACGUCCUCCGUCUCAGCUGGUCUCCCGACGGACAGUACCUAGUCUCCGCCCACGCCAUGAACAACUCCGGCCCCACCGCCCAGAUCAUAGAGAGGGACGGCUGGAAGACCAACAUGGACUUUGUUGGACACAGGAAGGCCGUAACCGUUGUGAAAUUUAAUCCCAAGAUCUUUAAGAAGAAGCACAAGAACGGGAGUUCUCAGAAGGGGAGUGGGCCCUACUGCUGCUGUGCUGUGGGAAGCAAAGACCGCUCCCUCUCCGUAUGGUUGACCUCACUGAAACGGCCCCUGGUUGUGAUCCAUGACCUGUUUGACAAAUCUAUCAUGGAUAUAUCAUGGACAUUGAAUGGAAUGGGAAUCAUGGUGUGCUCCAUGGAUGGCACUGUAGCAUUCCUGAGUUUCAACCUGGAUGAGCUUGGAGACCCGCUAAAUGAAGAGGAAAAGAACUCCAUUCAUCAGAACAUCUAUGGUAAGAGCUUGGCCAUCACCAGCGUAGAGGCCCAGCUCUCCACCACCAUCAUAGAGAACCCAGAGAUGCUGAAGUACCAGCCCGACAGACAAGCCGAACGGGCCAGCGCAGUCCUAGGCAUUGGCCUUGAGACCCAGACCACCAAGCUCACCAACGUCGUCAACGGAGAGUCCCUGGAAGACAUCCGCAAGAAUCUGCUGAAGAAGCAGGUGGAGACCAGGACAGCAGAUGGCCGGAGGAGGAUUACCCCCUUGUGCAUUGCGCAGCUUGACACAGGGGAUUUCUCGCCGGCGCUGUUUAACAGCGUACCCAUCCUGCCCGGCUCCUCCAUGUCCAAUCAGCUCACCCCGCAGCUCUCCUCCGAGUCCAACGCCUCCAACUCCCUGGGCCUGCGCCCCCUCCAGGACACCUCGCCAGGGAAGCCCUCCGAGGAGAACAAAGACGGUGCCACCCCAUCUACAAAUUCCAUUGGCAUGAAGACCACCCUGUUCUCCCCUGCCGCCAAGAUGGAGCCCAUGAAGGCUCUGGACUCCAGGUUCACAGAGAGGUCAAAGGCCACGCCAGGGCUCACAAUCACCUCUACCCCUGUAGGCAUGUCCCCCCUAGACAAAGCUAAAGACAGCAGCACUUUGAAGGAGUCCAAGUUGAAAGACGACACGAGCAGUGACAGCGAGGAGAAGAUGGCCGUGAAGUCCUUCUCCAUGCCCAAGAGGAAGGCGGAGAUGGAGGGAGGUGAGGUGGUGGAGAAGCGGAGGAAAGGCCGGCCCAGGAAAGACAACAAAAUGAUGAUGCCCAUGUCACAGCCAUUCCCGCAGACUCCAGUGGUGGUGGAGAAGGAGCCGUCUCGAGCAGCUGCUCCGCCUGCAGUGCUCCUUGCACUUCCCACCCCGGCGUCGCAGAAGUCUUUCACCCACCAGGUGAGUGCGGAGCCCUCGGUGUACCUGGAGGUGGAGAAUGAGGCAUCAUCCGUGGCCGGGGUGCGUCUAAGCCAGCUGCGCUGCUCCAGGGAUGGCCGCGAGUGGAACAGCCUCCUGCCCAGCCGCAUACUCAUCGCCGCCGGCAGCCUUGAGGUGGUGGCAGUGGCGUGUGAGGACCGCACGCUGUCCGUCUUCUCCGCGUGCGGCCGGCGGCUCAUCCCGUCCAUCCUGCUGCCGGCGCCCGUCUCCAACCUGCACUGCUCCGGCUGGUUCGUCAUGGUGCUGACGGCCGCCGCCACGCUGUCUGUCUGGGAUGUGCAGAAACAGAUGGCACUUGUCAAGAACGAAUCCAUGCUCACCAUCCUCUCAGGCCCAGGCAUCAGUGUCACGCAGUCUCUGCUCACCCAGCAGGGUGUCCCUGUGAUUGGCCUGUCUACUGGGAAGUCCUACUGCUUCAGCUCCUCCCUGGGGACCUGGAAUCUGAUUGCUGACAAGCUGGACUCGCUUGUGCAGUGUGCCGACUUCAGGAACUGCCUGACUUCCCAGGAUGCUCUGGGCUCCACGGGCCCUUUGGCCAUCAUGCAGGGCCGCAACAUAAGCGCGGGUCGCAUGGCCUCUAGACUGUCAUCCACGCCCCAUCACCUGCAGCAGGGCAUGACCCUGGCCUUCCUGGAGAACCAGCUGGCGUCGACCCUCACCCUUGGCUCCGGACCAGAGUACCACCACUGGCUCAUCGUCUACACUCGCUUCCUCGUCAACGAGGGUUAUGAGCAGCGGUUGCGUGAGCUGUGUAAAGACCUACUGGGACCAGUUCACAAAUCCACCGGCAGCUCCUGGGAGCCCACUAUCCUGGGCCGGCGGAAGAGGGAUCUCCUGCACGAGGUUCUCCCAGUCAUCGGACAGAACCUGCGCUUCCAGAGGCUCUUCACCGAGUACCAGGACCAGCUGGAGCUGCUCCGGAGCAAAUAGCACUUUUUAGUUUUUUUCGGACGCUCCUUUUUUUUUUCCCCUCUAAAGAGUCUCGGAAACGAAAACCUGUUUCGCCCCGUGUUUGACGGCCUGGGCCAAUCAGCCGGCAGACUGCCUGCAUUUGGUGCUCUCUCCUGGGUUAUGUGCCUCGUUCUCCAACCCCAAACCCCCACCCAGCCCCUGUUGCAGCCUCUGUUCCCCAACGGAAAGCACUGUCCAGAGGACGGUCACGAACCUGGUUCAAAUGAAUUCUCUCGAUAGUAAUAAUGAUGCUAUUAAUAAUAAUGAUAAUGACAAGAAUGCUAAACUAUGGUCAUUUUCUUUUUUUUUUUUUUUUAUUGUCUAAUAAAAUGUGUAAAAACAAAGUGGUGCCAAUGAUGUAUAGAAUGAGAGAUGAUGAGGAACCUCUGCUCAGAUGAUCCUAUUUAUGAUGCACUGAGUGGACUCUGACAAUCCCCCCCCCCCAUGCUGUCAUCAAUCCCCCCUCUGUCCCUCCCUAUACUCAUCAUCCUCAUACCAACACCUGCCCCCCCGCCUCACAAAGACGGUCCUAUACUCGCUAAGAUGCCCCACGGAAACGGUCUGCGGCAGACAUGAAAGCGAUUUAGAGGUUGGGGAAUUGAGUCCACUCUGAGCACCUGGUGAUGCUCUGAGCCGUUGUCUUCAGCCGAAGGGAAAAAAAAGUCACCCCCACUGACCCCCCCCCCCCCUCUCAUUUUUUUUGCCCCUCGAGGAAUGAGAAGAACUAGAAGCACUAUGACGGGACACUUGUGGACACUCGUGACGGCACUAAUGGGGGGGAAGAGUCUUGUUCCCCGGAGCCCUUCGCUCCACUCUCUAACCCUCUCCUCUUUGUACAGCCUCUCUCUGUUAGACAUUUGUAAAUGUUUGUACAAGACAUUUUCUGUUUUCUUUUUUUUUUUUUCAGUUUUCUAUGAAAUGGAGGCAAAGCUGCAGCUAGGAAAAAAAUAAACAAUUGACCAAUGUUAUGGCCUCUGCUUUGAU